AUGGGUUUCAGAAAGGUCUUCCACUCGGUCGCUCACGUUUUCUCCAUCAAGGACAAGAAGAUCGCGAACCAGAAAAACAUCAGGGAGUCUAAGAAGCUCACCAAGAGCCGAUAUACUAGCAAUACUACCAAUUUCACUAAGAAUAGAGUCAAGAAUCUCGUCGACUUCUUGACCGGUAGCAGAUCUAGGAAACAUUCCACUGGUAAACAAAUCCCUGAAAUUGAAGCAUCAAUGAUGUCAGAUACUAACAUCAACUCACCAGAAUCGGCACCCGAAUCAGAAACACUUGUCGGUUCUUCAAAUCCUUCCUCGACAGGUAAUCACACAGUCGAGACAUUUGAGCAAGUCCCAGACCAUGCUGGCGCAGAGAAUGCGAAUAGCUAUCACAUUGACGAUGGACUUACAGGUCCUUCAUUUGCACAGAAUGUCUUGCCAGUGUUGAUGACGGUUGUUGGUGGUAACCAGUCGAUUGAGGACGUGGAAGUUGCAGAUAUUGCUGCGCUUCCAGUGGAACCACCCAGUCCUGCAAUCAAGUCGGCUCUUGACGGCGACUUGAACGAUAUCAAUGAUCAAUCAGUUUCGGUAGUAGAAGCCGCUGGCCUUGCUAUCUUUGUCAAUAAUGAUGCUGUUGAUAGCCGAGGUAAGCCACUCGAAAUUUCCAUCCCUUGCGAGAAGACAAAUACUAAUAUUCAAUUUUCCAAUACAGAUCCAGCAGUUGAGACUUUGAUUAAUGGAGCAGAUGCCGCAGAGCUUGCUGCUUCCAUCUUCAAUGAAAACACAGAGGAUAAUAUUCUAGCCGUGGUAAAAACUGAAUUGUCUAUCGAUGUUCCAGAACAUUUUCAUUUGUCCUUCGCACCAUUGGCUACACCAAAUGAAGAUGGCAAUUUACAGGUGGUAGUAGAAGUAUCAGAAGCAGAACUAACCGAACCAAUCGGAAGCGAUACCUCGACUUCUGAUUCGAUUCAAAUCCCCUCAGCCGAAGUUUCACCAAGUAUUGAAGCUGCAAUUCAUUCAUCUGUGGGAUCCACCAAUAACAUCGAGAUUCCUGCCAUCCGGGAUGAAACGAUCAUUUCGAAUGAGGAAAUUGUCUUAGUCUCUGAGGAAAAUCCCGUUACGUUCCCAGACCAUAUUGAUGGGUACCAUUUGAGUGGUUUAUUCGCUGAAGCUACUACAAUUUCACAUAGGGCACGCAGCUUCUGUGUUAGGGUGUUCACUGCUCUUCAGCCAGAUGAACGAUCAUUGAAUGAGGAUGAAGAUACUGAAGAUGUGGUCCGUCAACGACGCAAUUCGGCACCUUCAAAUCUAGUUUCGCCAGACUCGCAUUAUCCAACGGGGAGACGUGCCAGUCUAACUCCAUCUGAUGCGGGGAAUGAGGCAACGUUCAGUGAUCCCAACAAUUACAUUGUUCGUGAUGACUCUGACAUGUACACUGAGCCUCAACUCAAUAUAUAUCCCUCCUUUUUUGUGGAGCCUGCCGUUCCGAUGGUUACUGCACCAAUUGGUUUCCCUGCGGAAAACACUUCUCUUCAAACUCCGACACCAGAGAUCAUUUACGCUCAUGUUGAUAGUCCAGUCCCUUCGCGCUCUGUAUCUGGACCACUGUCGCCAAACAAAUCAGACUCAGUGGAACAAGAAGUCUUCACGUCAGAGCUUGGGGAGCAGUUUUCGUUGGAGCUUGCGAAACAAGAAAUCUUUCUAUCAGAGCUUCGAAACACUUUCCCUGUCGAGGAGGAUAGUUCUAAUGUAGUCGAUGAACAAGCUGAGGAGGUUAUUGUACCUCAGAAAGUCCACCAACCGGGUGAAACCCACGCGGAAGAAAUUGUACGCAUGUACCGAAUUCCGCGCUACAGUCAAUUCAGAUCAGUCUUCCCUCUUCCUGGCUUCUCCAUUCCUUGGGGUCCCCACAACCCGAUUCCAACCAGAAUAGAUGAUUUCAGAGGUAACGACCCUUGGCUCCCAACACCAUGGACCAAUCCAAAUGCGUACCACCAACUAAACGGAAUCCAGAGGCGCUGGGUUCAGUUGGAGGUACGUUACCAGACAAGAUUAUUCUGGCUGGGCAUGAACUUCAAAGCAGUAAUCGAUCUUGAGGAAAAUUCAGAGGAUAAAUUGUACGCCUUUAACAAUUUCUGUGGGUGGUAUGGAUGCCCGGCCAACAAGUGUAAACAUCCUCGAGUCGACGGACGUCUCUAUUUCUUCGAUCUUAAUUGCUACUACCCUUUGUGGAAGAACCUUCGGAAUCAGCAAUUGCUACUUGACAAUGAAACGAGUAGCGACUACGUUACUCAUGAGACUGAGACUGAUACAAAUACUCUUGAGCAGACAGCGCUUCGCGAUCAAGAAGCCCGUGUGCAACAAGCCCGAGAACAAGAAGCUUCUCAAGUGGAACCUGAUGAUGAUCGAUACGCUGAUCUCAAUUCCUCGUUGAAGUUUACCAAGUCGGUAAAAGCAGCCAGAAGAGGGAUGCUAAGUCUUAUGGAUUCUGAGAUUGCGGUGGCGAAGGCGAACUCCGUCACCAUUCAAGAGGAUCUGGCUCAGCAAAUGGAGUCGAGACCUUCACAACUUCCCAAUGCUCACUUUGGUCUCACGAUGAUCAAUUUACAAGCCGAACCAAAGCAAUCUCGAUGGGCUCAAUUGUUUGAAGCACAAAAGAAGGAUGAUUGCGCUAAGGCCGAGGUGCCACAGGAUGUAGUUCCAAAUACCUCUGAAAAUCCUGUCACAGUUGGCAAUUUUGGUUUGAAGAUGGUUGAUUUCCCUGUCCAACCUAAAAAAUCUCGCUUUGCAGAGUUCUUUCCUGUGCAACCUAAAUCUGAGCAAGAAACACAAGACUCAGUUGCAGAGGAGACUUCUAGAGAUCCUGCUCCAGAGGCUCACUUUGGUCUACAGAUGAUUGAGAUAUCUUUCCAACCAAAGAAAUCUCGAUUUGCAUCGAUCUUUGAAGCGCAAACAUCGACUGAGCAAGGAGGCACCCCGGCCCCAACAUCGGACAGUGAAGAUUCCAGGGAAACAAUUGACUCUCUCAACGGUAGCAACAGCGAUGACUUGUCUACUCGUGAUAUCAGUAUUGAGCCACCGCAAAAGUCAAACUGCAAUCUAGAGGCAAACACUGUGUCAGGCAUUGAUGCUCAAUACGAGGAAGACGAAGGUGAUUCGUACAGUGCUUCACCACUAAGAGGACCGUCUCCAGCUCCAAGUGCGCCAAGUCAGUUGUCUUCAAUUCCAGCCACAGAGGAGUUCAUGGAUGGCUCUCUUGCCUCAAGGUAUCAAGGUAAUUGGCAAUUGUACGAUGACCAAGGAUCUUUGCUUGAUGGUCAUGUCGAUAACGUCGGUGGCUUCGUCAUCAAAGACACAAUGGAAGGACUCGGUGACGAUGUAGCCUUCGUGUUUGGACAGAUUGGGUUUCCUAUUCAAUCACCUCACGAAGAAUCUCGCGAGAUGCUUGGUGGGGAACCAUGGAUACUCAUCGAGAUUGAGGAUUGCCCUAGAGAUAUUGAAUUCGAGGAAGUUCCAGAAGGGGUCGAACUUCUACAAGACUUCUACGAGGAGGGCUGGCCACUCGAUGAACGCGAGGAACAUGUUCUGACACAGGCCAUCAGAGAGGGAUUGGAAGAAGAACAUUUUUCAGUCAUUGAGAUUGUCAGUGAUGUUGAGUACUGUGCCAAUGCUCCUGGUUCUGGAUGGGAAGCUCCGGAGGAUAGUGAUGCCACUGAGUCCGGUUCCGAUGAUUCUGAUGAAAAUGGCGGCGACACCGAGUCCGACUCUGAAUCUCGAGAGCUGGAUAAAAAUAGCGAUGCUGCUGAAAUAAAAGCCUGGGGAUCAAAUGAAAAAGACAAUGACCCUAAGUUCAAAGCCCAGGAAUCAGCCAAGAUUCAUGAGGACACUGAACCCAAGUAUCAAUUUAGUCGUAUUCCUGUCCAAGCCAGACCCGCUGCCUCUGGACUAGCUCUAGCUUUCCAAGAACCCACCGGCGGAGAGGUUGGAUACCGUGUCAAUGCGCAUCUAGGUUUUACCAACGAUCCAGACGCUUUCAUCGACAGUGAGCCCCUUCCAAUCCUGCAAGAAGAUGCAAACAUGGUGCACUCUUCCAACAUCAUCCGACAGAUUGACCUCGCGAGAGAUGAGCUGAUCAAUAGAUGGAUGAACAAGGAAGACCACUAUGAUCUCGAUGAACCAACUUGCAGAUACGUCCUGAAGGAAGGAGAACAAGAUGGUGAGAGGGUCUGUGAGAACAUGCCUCAAGUAUUGGUUCUGCGGAUUCAAGAUGCCGAGAAUAAGCUCUGGACUAGCGGUGCAACGUUUGCAAAGAUAGCACUUGCUAACAAAUCGAAAGGUCCCGAGAAGAAGAUGAAUUUCGAGACGGAAUUUGCUCUCCCUGGCCAACUCAAUAAUCCCUGGAAGCCAGAAUUCAUCGCGAAGUGUGUCAAAGAUCUGGAUAUCACAGAUGCUUCUGUUUUCCUUGGGAAUAACGAUCUUUCUGAUUUUGAUGAGAAUAAGUCAACGUUCUAA